UUUAUUACGACGCUACUUCCCCACGAACGACACCCGCUGUGCCAACAUAUCGGCGUCGGUCUCGGACGCGCCCCUCCGCUAAACCCUAGGCGGUGGAACUCUAGAUUUCCACGGCUGAGCUCCGGCGACGUCACUUUCACCCACGAUGAGGACCGGAGGCGCGCGGCUUGUCUUCUGGUUCGCCCGGAGGUCCCUCCGAUCGAAGCUCAUCGAGGAUUCGCCGAUUCCUUCCUUGGAGGACUCCUCAUGCCGGUUAGCGUCGGGCAAGUGCAGUUCCUGUAGGAGUUUUACGAAUGGAAGAUCCGAGGCAGUCGUAAUUUGUGUAGCGAGGUCGAAACGAGGAACAUUGGAUGGUGCUUUCCGCAGCCUUUUUUCCCCGAGCAGGUCAUUUCAUGGAACACGAUCACUGCUUUUGAGGGAUUUUUACGAUGUCCUUGGUGUGAGCAAGGACGCAAGUGCUUCAGAUAUCAAGAAAGCUUACUAUGCGCUAGCCAAGAAACUCCAUCCAGACACCAACAAGGAUGAUGCUGAUGCAGAGAAGAAGUUCCAAGAAGUUCAGCAUGCUUAUGAGGUCUUGAAAGAUGAGGACAAACGAAGACUAUAUGAUCAGGUUGGUCCCAAUGCGUUUGAACAAGCUGCUUCGGGUGGUGGGCCUGAUGGGCCAGGUGGACCAUUUGGUUCUGGAUUUGGCAAUCCAUUUGAAGACAUCUUCGGCAUGAAUGAUUUUUUCAAAAAUGUGUUCAGAGAUACAGAUUAUGGAGGACAAAAUGUCAAGGUUUCUCUUGAAAUAUCAUUUAUGGAAGCAGUUCAAGGGUGCACAAAAACAGUCACAUUUCAGGCUCCUGUAAAUUGUAAUGCCUGUGGUGGGACUGGUGUUCCUCCUGGAACCAGACCUGAAACAUGUAGGCCUUGUAGAGGCUCAGGAAUGAUUUUCAUGCAAAAUGGUCCCUUGAGGUUGCAGACUACAUGUUCACACUGUGGGGGAUCUGGGAAACAUGUAAAGAGCUUCUGCAAAUCAUGCAAAGGACAGAGAGUUGUUGGAGGAACAAAGUCAGUUAAAGUGGAUGUGAUGGCUGGGGUGGAUGACAAUGAAACUAUUAAAAUAUACAGAAGUGGUGGUGCUGAUCCUGAGAGCAAUCAACCCGGCGAUCUCUAUGUUACUAUUAAGGUUCGGGAGGAUCCUGUUUUCCGCAGGGACAAAGCCAAUAUUCUUGUUGAUACUGUUCUAAGUGUCACUCAGGCAAUGUUAGGAGGGACUGUUCAAGUGCCAACUCUCACAGGAGAUGUAGUUCUUAAGGUUAAGCCUGGUACUCAACCUGGUCAGAAAGUUGUUUUGAAGGGAAAAGGAAUAAAGACGAGGAGCAGUUCAUACUAUGGAGACCAAUAUGUUCACUUUAGUGUCGUGAUUCCAGUGAACUUGACACGGAGACAACGCAUGCUGAUCGAGGAGUUUGCAAAAGAGGAACAAGGCAACUCUGAAAAGCAAGAAGCAGCUGCGGGAGCAUCGGGAUAACCUAUCACACAGCUUUGGAAUUACUUCUGCUGAAAUCCACUUGCUUUAGAUUUUAUGAGCCCGCUUUAAUUUUUAUAUGGGAUAUUUAUUUAAUCCUCACCAACAUUGUAUGUUUUCCAUAUCUGAUGGGUGAAUUUUGAUAUUA